CUUUGCUUGCCUUGCUACUGUGGUCCACCUUUUGUUGCAUUUUGAUUCUUGGAAGUUUUGCUAAUGGAAUCAAGGCACAGGAUAGCAAUUUAAAGGAUCCCAUUCUCUUUCUUGGUUUCUUGCCCUCUACUUCCCCUUCCUCCUCCUCCUCCCCCUCUUCUUCUUCUUCUUCUUCUUCUUCUUAGCUCACAAAGGUACAAGAGGGACGAGAAAGGUCGUAAAGGCUAUGUUUCAGAGCCAGCUUGCCAGGCCACCAUCCCUCAGAGGUUCCCUUAAAGCUCUUGAAGCUGACAUAAACCAUGCCAACACCUUGGCAGAUGCCAUUCAAAGAGCUUAUGGUGGUGCCUGUCUCCAGAUGAGGCUGUCCUGUAGUCCUUUGGCACCCUUCUUCCUCUUCCUAAUGCAAUGGCUGGACUGCACUUGUUCUUACAGCCUACCAAGUUAUUUAGGGCUUUUCCAAAUACUUGUCUACAAGGUUUAUGUUGAUGGUAUGACAACAGUAUCUACGUUCGAAAGACGGGCCAGCAUCAGAGAGUUCUAUGCUAUUAUAUAUCCUUCCCUUCAACAAAUUAAAGGCAACAUAGUGGAAAGAGAACAAUCUAAAGAGAAAGGCCGAGAUAAAUAUCUAGUUGGCAGAAAAAGAAUGGAAGAACCGAAGAAGCUUUUCGAUGAGGAUUUUGACAGAGACGACGAAUGUGGGAUUUGCCUGGAGGUUUGCACCAAAAUGGUCCUGCCGAGCUGCAGCCAUGCUAUGUGUAUAAAAUGCUACCGCGACUGGAAUGUGAGAUCUCAGUCCUGCCCCUUCUGUAGAGGAAGCAUAAAAAGAGUGCGUUCAAGAGACUUAUGGGUGCUUACAAACAAGAGUGAGGUGGUCGACACCAUGACUUUAGAAAGGGAUAACCUGAGGCGCUUCUAUCGCUACAUAGAUAGCUUGCCACUGAUCAUUCCAGACAGCCUUUUCUUGGUUUAUUAUGAUUAUGUAGUAUAACCAUGAGAUUUAAGGAUGUACAGAUUGCUGGAAAGCCGGCCAGCCAUUCCUUGCGGAUUGGUUCUGGUAAGAUAAGUUCUUCCAGUCUCACACUUGUUCCAAAUGUGCAGUAGAGUGUCACUGUAAUUCUUCUUCGAAUAAUUGCAUAUAAAAUCUGUGCUUUUGAUGCACAUGUUGAUA